UGGAGAGAUGCGGGCGCACUCGGGAUGGGAGAGGACGCGUUGAGGAGGCAGCCCGCUCUCUAACUAUGGACAUUCUGUCUUCUAGUUUUUGGAAUAAGGACUUAAAAGACUUUGCAUAUUGCGUUGUCUCUCUCCCUCUCCCUCUCCGUCUCUCUCUCUUUUUCCAAAGAAGAGACUUGCAUGCAGGAGGUGGAAGAUCGCAGGUGAGGAGAGGAGAAAAAUGCAAUUUGCAGCAAAUUUCUGUAAUAACAUAUACGCUGAGAACCUAAUGGGAUAUUUCUACAGAUUAUUUCCGCACAUUUAAAUUUUUUUAAAAAGACAUACCUUGACUAAAGAAAAGAAAAAAAAAAAGACUCAAAAUGGAUUUCUUGAAUAGCUCCAGCUUGGAAGACGGGAUACAGGCAGAAAAUAUCUCCUCUAAUUCUACCUCUCAGAGCCAGUACAGCCAGCUCGCUAUCUGGGCUCUGGCCGGACUUGUCAGCUUUCUGAUUUUGUUUACAAUAGUCGGGAACGUCUUGGUUGUUAUCGCCGUUUUAACGAGCAGAGCUCUGAAGCCACCUCAGAAUCUUUUUCUCGUCUCCUUGGCCAGUGCGGACAUACUGGUGGCCACCCUGGUCAUGCCCUUUUCUCUGGCAAAUGAACUCAUGGGCUACUGGUUUUUUGGCAAAAUUUGGUGUGACAUCUACCUGGCUCUGGACGUUUUAUUCUGUACCUCUUCUAUUGUUCACCUGUGCGCUAUUAGUUUGGACAGGUACUGGUCGGUGACACAGGCGGUCGAGUACAACUUGAAGAGAACGCCUAAAAGAGUGAAAGGGAUGAUUGUGGUGGUGUGGCUGAUCUCAGCGGUCAUCUCCUUCCCACCGCUGAUAUCAAUGGACAGGAGCAGCAGCGAGGCCAGUCCCCAGUGUAUCCUGAAUGAUGAGACCUGGUACAUCCUCUACUCCAGUCUUGGCUCUUUCUUUGCCCCCUGUGUCAUCAUGAUCCUGGUCUAUAUUCGGAUCUACCAAGUGGCAAAGACCAGGACCAGAACUAUGUCGGAGAAGAAGAGGGACGUGGACUCGCCGCUGGAGAAUGGGAUGGACCAAGCCGAAGCAGGCCGAGGAGGGUCAUUAAAGUCCAACCGGGACGGGAGCACGAAAGAGAAGGACCGCGAGAACGGCCACUGCAAAGAGCAGGCAGUCCGAUCCCCUCUGGCCAACGAGCCCAAACACCCGCCGACAGACCACGACGACGACUUCGACGACAGCAGUUCUUCGGACGGGAAACCUAAGAAGAGUUCGAGUUCCUCCAAACAUCACCGUGACGACAUAAAAGACAGGAAGUCCAGCCGGAAAAGCAGCUCCGCCUCUAAAUACUCCAGCCGGAAGUCGCGUGCCAGUUCCAAGUCUAUGGAGCUGUUCUCGUCUCGCCGUAAACGCCGGAGCACCGUCAAUCGGAAGAAAGUCUCCGCCGCUCGGGAGAAGCGCUUCACCUUCGUCCUCGCCGUUGUCAUGGGCGUUUUCGUCGUUUGCUGGUUCCCGUUCUUUUUCUCCUACAGCUUGUAUGGAAUCUGCCGGGAGCCAUGCCAGAUCCCCGAGACGCUGUUCAAGUUCUUUUUUUGGAUUGGCUACUGUAACAGCUCGCUAAACCCAGUCAUCUACACCAUCUUCAACCAGGACUUCCGCAGAGCCUUCCAGAAGAUCCUCUUGGCAUGUACGAUAGACUGGCAUCACGAGCAAUUUGCUCUCCCAGGCAUGUGUUCGCAUCUUCCACUCCCCACUGAGAAAAAAGAUGGAAUACAGAGGUACUGCUGAAGUGUGUGUGUCUGUGUGUGUGUGUGUGUGUGUGUGUGUG